AUAUUCCCCCUCUUAUUUUCUACGUCUAAGUUUCUUACCAACCGUCGCACGAGUAAGGAGAAACCACAGCGGCAAAAACUUCCCAUUUCGCCUCUCUCGCUUCCAAGGAUCAUUAUCCCUUCGUCGUUAUAGUUUGCGCGGGUCGAUAAACCUCUCGGCAGCCAUGAGCGACGGUCAUGGUGGUGCGCCCGAGCCAGAACCAGAAACUCAGGAUCCGAAGACGGCCGACGGGGGAUCGGACGAGGAGGAGGAGGAGGAGGAGGAGGACGCUGGCGGGAUGUCGGACGGGCAGCAGGAAGGCUCGGGCGGCGAGUCGAAGGACGGGGGAGGGGAGGCAGCGUACGGAACGGGGAAGAAGAAGAAGAAAAAGCAGAAGAAGCGCAAGAAGAAGGGCGCAGGCGGGGGAUCCAGUGACGCCGGCUCCGCUUCCCCCCACGCUUCUCCGCCCACCUCCCCUUCCGGCGUUGCUGCGCCCGCCGCGCCGUUCCCCCCCUCGCCGUCCGCGGACUCCCCCUUGUUCCAGCCGGACCUGGACGACAUGCUGCCCGUCGAGGUGGCGGAGAAGAGGUUCUCUGCAGCGCUGGAGUCGAUGCGCAGCAAGGCGGACCUGUGCAUGUGGGUGCAGCUGGCGCGGUGCCGCGUGGGCGACAAGAAGCUGCGGCGCCUCACGGACGCGCUCAUCCACUGCGAGACAGUCACCUCCGUGGACCUAUCGGGGAACCUUAUAUCGGAUGCGGGCCUGCGUCAGCUCGCCUGCGCGCUCUCCGCCCCCAGCGCCGCGCCGGAUUUGAUCUCGCUGAACGUGAAGCGCAAUCCGAUCUCGGCCUCUGGGCGGUCGUGCCUGGCGAACCUGCAGGCGGUCCGGAAGCUCGUGAGGAUAGAGUACGAGGAGCCUGCAGCAGCAGCGGCACAGGAGAAGAAAGGCGCACAGGGAGCAGCGGGGCAGGGGAUGAUGGACGCGCGGGGCUUUGAAGGCGGGGAGAGGAUGGGGGGGGCUGCACCCAGCAAAGCUAGCAACCCGCAGAUCAGGAUCGAUGCCGUGGUCCGUUUCAUCAGGGAAGCAUCGGAGAAGCUUCAGCAACUUGCCCCCAGCGACAGCAGCACACCAGGCAGCAGCGCCACGUCAGCAACAGCCGUCGCCUCGCGCGUGUUUGACUCGGCGCUCAUGGUGGAGGCGAUGGAGGAUGUGGUGGAGCUGGUGGACGCGGACCUGCGCCGCAACCCCUCCAAGUCCUACCACAACUCGCCCAUUGCCAAGCUGCCUCUUCCGCUGCGUCUGGUGGUGGAGAAUCUGCCCGCGUUCGUGUCCCUGCUGGAGAUGCCCAUGCCGCCGCAGCUGUGCCAGCGCAAGGUGGCAGAGCCGGCAGCGGGGCGGCACCGCAUUCUGGCCGUGCUGCUGCUGCGCAAGGUGCUGGGGGCGUGCGGGCGGGCCGUGGACGACAGGCUGGCGAGGGAGGGCGCGGGGAGGAAGGUGGCUGCACUGUUGUUUGACUUUCCCUGGAGCAACGUGCUGCACCAUGGGGCGUGCUGCUUCCUCAUGUCUGCCUUGGAGCGCCCCAACUCGUCCCUCUCCUCAUCUCUCCUCGAGCCCCCUCCCUCCGACGACUCUUCCUCCUCUUCCACCAUCACCCAUGCUGCCUCCUCUCUGCCAGCUGCUGCCACCACCACCACCACUACCACAACUACGAGCAGCGCACCUGCUGCUGCCGCUGCGUCGGGCACUGGUGAGGAUGCUGGUUCUGAUGCUGCCACUGCUGCUGCUGGUGCUGCUGCUGACACUGGUGGUGCGACGGGCGCUGCUCCUGCUGCAGACUCCACCUCCUCGACUUCACCUUCCGCCUCAGCUCCCCCCUCCCCCUCCCCCGGAACUCCGCCCACCAGUGCAGGGGGGGAUGAGGGGGCUGUCAGGAAGGCACGGGGGAGUGGGCAGGGGGAGGGGGAGGCGGACCCUAGGCCCCAGGUGGAGGCGGAACCAGAGGCCAAGCGAGGGAGAGUCAAUGGGGAGAAGGGGGAAACAGGGGAGGAAGGGACAGGCGCAGCAGCGGAGCCGACAAAUGGAGGGGAGGAAAAAGCUGGCAGCAGUGGUAGUGCUGCCAGUGGGGAGGUCACUGAUGAGGCUGUGAGUAGUGGGGCUGCAAGUAGUGAGUAUGGGCCAGGAGAGAAAGACGGGGAGGGAGCAAAUGAUAAGGGCGAAGGGGAGGGAAAGGGGGAGAACCAGGGGGGGGAGAAGGGGGAAGGCAGCGGGGAGGGUGAAGCGGAGAAGCAGAGGGAAGCAGCAGAGGCGUCGGUCCGCAAGGUGUCUCCAGGGCCCAUGGCCCUGCCUGAGUGGUUGGCUGUGACCGCUGCUCCGUGGCUCAAUACACCCAUCGGCAAACGACCGGGCCAUGCAGGGCCCAUCAUUCAGCUCAUGUUUGACAUCAGGGGGAGAGCAACCACCAGCGCCCCUCUGCAGGCGAAGCUAGAUAAGCUGCCCGAGUGGCAGGCGUUUGCCCAGCUGGGGGGGCAGUUGGACGAGCUGCUCUCCCAGCAGCACGGAGUGCUGUGUGGGCCCAAGCCAGUGGUGCCGGGCAGCGAUGCAGCUGACAUGGGGACGGGCAGCGGCGGGCAGAGCAUGCUGUUUGGGGAGCCGGACCUGCCACCAUCCGUGCUGGGGAAGCUGAGAGCCAUCUAUCUUCAAUAAAGGAACACUGGCUAGCAGCAGGGGAAGUACAGUAGUCAUGUUUGACGAAGGGUGCUCCAUAUGUUGCAUCCUAUGCUAGGUGAGCAUUGAGAGGUGUUGGAUAACAGUGAUUAAAUCGAGUGAUCGUUAGAGUCGUUUUUUAUUACUUCCCCAAAGUAAUUGUAGGAAAUGAAGUGUUGGCGUACGAGUGGAUAUAUGCAUCCAGCAGUGUAGUUACAAAAAUGACAUUGACUU